AUGGCUGGAAAUCUGCAACAAAGUAAUGGGAAGGCCGCCAGAAUCCAGCGCAAAAACUACCACAGGCGAAGCCCACGUGCGUGCGAUGAGUGCCGGCUACGGAAAAUCAAAUGUGACGGAGGCCUGCCGUGCGGCCCUUGCAUACUAACGGGCCAAGCCUGCUCAUAUGAUUCGGGAACAAGACCCCGGGAAACGCCCACGCAGAGGAUCCGAAAGCUGGAGGCAUGCAUACGGUCCGUGCGGACAGCUCUUAUGCAGCUGAAGGCUCAGACUCCAGACUCUGCCAACGGCGACAUAGAUUCAGUCAUCAGUUCUCUAGACACCUCGUACCCCGAGCCAGGAGAUGGCGAGUCGAGCGCGGACGAAGACGAGGCGAAACACCGCCGCUUAAACAGCAUGAUGGGAAGCGCUGGGCGCAUCAUUUCGCAUUCCCCGUCGCAAACGACGUACUAUGGCCCAUACUCCGGCUACGCCUUCGUCUUCAAGACGAUCGAGCUUUUUCGAAGAAUGCCAGACAACCCGGUCUUGACCACGGAAACGCAAACCAUUACCACGACCUUGUUCAACGCUCCCAUGCCCGAGGCUGAAGGGGGUCCGCACUACUCAUCGCAGUUCCAGAGUCUUCCGAGUCUCUCUAUUACCCUGAGUCUCCUGGAUGUGGUCUUCACGAGAUGUCAUCCACUGAUCCAGUUCGUCCACGAGGCCGAUUUCCGAGAUAUGGUGCACCGGUUGUACAGUGAAUCAGCAUUGCAGUUUGGAGCUUCGAGCCGGGAUUUUAUGCCUCUGUUCCACUCGGUCCUCAGCAUCGCGUUGCUGUUCGAGACGCGAUUGCGUAAAAACCAUGGAUGCGAAGACAUAGCCCACGAGGCUACGAGACAUUUCAUCCUGGCCCGAAAAGAACUCGACAUCGCACAAUGCGCUGAUCUCAUAUCCAUGCAGACGAUACUUUGCCUGAUCACCUUCUUAGUCACCACGUCCCGGUUGACUUCGGCGUACACCUAUCUUGGCAUUGCUUGUACAUCGGCCCUGAGGCUUGGUCUGCAUAAAGAGAUUGACAAGGACCUGUCCUUCCCUGGAACACAACAAGAGGCGAGACUACGAAUUAUGCUGGCCGUCCUCCAGCUCGACACCUUCGUGAGCAUCGUGCUGGACAUGCCCACUCGCAUUAACCCAGGGUGUGUGGACCCAGCAGUCCUUGCAGCAUUACAGCCUCCAUCCACGAAGAAGUCGGCCACCACAACUGAGUCUCUUUCCGACCCCCAGGCUAAGUACGCCACCUCGGCAAAGCACAUGCAACUACUGGCCCUCACAGCGUCCGGCCUCCGAGGCAUCUUCGUCCAUGGCAACAGCAAUGAGAAACCCGCCAGCGGCCCAAAUGUCGAUAGUGUUGACACCAAGAAGAUGGCGGAGACUGAGGAUGCGUUUCGGAAAUGGGCGAAAGCGUUAUCUUGCGUACCUCUCAUUCCGCAAAAGCCUGAAAUGUCUGCAAUUCUCAAAUACGAACUAGAGAUGGCCUUCUAUCUCGGCCAGUUCAUCCUCUACCAACCAUUUCUACAUUAUCUCAUCCAAAUGGCCAACGGCUUUCCUAUCAUGAAAAUACAAUCACAACAUGCCCUGGCCUGCAUCAAGAUUGCAUCGACAACGAUAACACGCUCCGAGGUCAUGCAUCAACGUGGCCUGCUGGCUCCAGCGUCGUGGAGCGUCAUGUACACGCUGUUUCAGGCGGUAAUGUGCCUCCUCUUCCUCAUCGCGACUCACAACGGCACGUCGCGACCGAGCGAGGCUUGGAAGAAAGGCGAAUUAGGCAUAAGACUCCUGGCGACGAUGCGCUGCUUCGACAACGGUGCAGUCAGGUGUCUUUGGAUCAUCAAGAUGGUCAUCAAACAACUCUCCCACACGGUUCAAUUCGACGUGGAUCAAAUCGUGGCCGCAACGGACUGUCUCUGUCCCUGCGGCCGCACAAGUCUUCUCCCCACAGAAGCUCUCGACCGGCGUCCCUCUCGCGAUCAACACCCCGACAUAACCGCUGGGGGCGGCGCAAGUGGCUACGCCACACCAGAAACACCACACGAUGCCCGAGCAUACCCGUCCGUUUGGAGCCGCCCGGGCAUCGAGCAGAUUAUGAUUAUGAAUCAGGAUUCCCCACGGCACGACGCGGACUAUAUCCUUGCGGAGGCGCAGGCGAUCGCCAUGACAUUGCCGAUUGACAACUCGGACAUAUUUCACAUUGGGGAAAUUUCAUGA